AUGCUGUCGUAUACAAGCCUCACGCUGGUAGCCCUCAGCCUCCUAUCCGGCCUCGCCUCGGCAUGGGACCAAGCUCCCGCCCUCGCCGGCAGAGGCGCCCCCAUCUCCGAUUCGGACCGCCUCUACACCGGCGACCAGUCGUCCAACACAAUCACCGUCAUCAAGCCCCUCACGGGCGAGGUCCUCGGCACCAUCAGCCUCGGCGACAGCCGCCUGACUGACGACCUGAACCCGCAGUACGUCAAGGCCGUCAACUCGCACGGGCUGGGCUUCUCGCCCGACGGCAAGCUCAUCGUGUCGCUGGCCGUCACGAGCAACACCGUCACCGUGUUCCGCACCGAGGACAACUCCGUCGUCUCGCAGACGUCUGUGGACCGCAACGCGCACGAGGCCUUCUUCGAGCGGGACAACCGCCACGUCUGGGUGGGCACGCGACGGCGUAUGCGCUCGCCGUCGCUGUCCGUCAUCGACGUGGCCCAGCGGCGCGUCGUUGCCAACAUCACCGGCCUGGGCGACGUCUUCUCGUCCGACAUGAUGAUCUCGCCCGACGGCGAGCGGCUGUGGGCGGCGCACAAGAUGGCCGGCAAGGUGACCGUCAUCGACCUCGUCCAAGGCCGCGUCGUCGGCGUCAUGGACACGGGAGCCGAGACCAACCACGCCAACUUUGCUGUCAUCAACGGCACCAUGCACGGCUUCGUCACGGUGGCAUCGGCCAACCAGACGCUCAUGUACGCCCAGCAGCACUCCAGCCAGAUGCCCGUACUCCUGGGCGCCAUCCGGGCCAGCGGCGUCGAGCCUCACGGCCUGUGGCCCAGCGCGGACAACACCCACCUAUACGUGGUCAAUGAGCACUCGGACACGGUCGACUUUAUCGACUUGACCGUCAAUCCCCCGAAGAUUGCAAAGACCGUCAACGUGGCGCAGGAGGGCCAGGCCAUCAUAUACGUGUCCGGCGCCGUCUCGGCCGCCAGCAACGGCACGCAGAACCUGGGCAGUCAAGGCCUGUUUGACAAGCCAGCGCUCAACAAGGUUCUCACCGAAGCCCAGCCUCCGUCUUCCGGUUCCCGCCCCAGGGCUCCGGCUUCAUGCCUCGUGACGGUGCGGCCAGAGGUUGGACUGGACAUGUUCCAGGUGAUUGGGCGGAACCUCGCGUUCAACACGACUUACACAGUGUCGGCAACGGUAGCGGACAGGCUGAUACCGCUGGUGGACUUCAAUGCCACGGCGUCUAUGGGCGAUGGAUGCGGAACGGCGCCGCAGGUGUUGGCCUUUUUCAGAUUCAUUGGCGUCUAUGAUGUUGAAGAUUUGGUGUUGACUUCGAAAGCUGAUUGCCUAGGAUUGUGA